AAAAUACCAACAAAUUUUCAAUAAUUCUAAAUUAUCUCCCCUUUAAAGAGGGCGUGGUGGCCCUUCAUUUGAACAAACUUGAAUCCCCUACACCCAGUGAUGCUUUGUGGCAAGUUUGGUUAAAAUCUGCCUUGUGGUUCUGGAGAAGAAGAUGAAAAUGUAAAAUGUUAACAACAACAACGACAACGCCGCCAACGCCAAAGACAAUGCCAACGCCAACAACAACGACGACAGACAACAUACAAAGCUCACUAGCUUUCAGCUCAGGGAUGACCAUCCUGUUGGCGGCGUCAGGUGCUCAUGUUACCGAAAGAUCAUUCAAACGAGUUGAACACGCAGACUUGGGGGAACUGUAUUCCAAUGCACUCCAAAACGUUUCUGUGCAUUCUUUGGCAACCUGUUCAACUCUGUGUUCACAGAACGUGGAUUGUAGGUCAUAUGCCUGGACGAAUUACGCUUCCCAAUGUUUCUUGCUUUCGAAGGACGUCAGAAGAAACUCCUUCAAUCCUCUGAUUUCCCCAGACAUUGCAGUGUACACGACAUUUUACAGUGAUUGCUCAGAGUUUGAAUACGAAGCCAUGACUGGUAUGAGUGGACUUUGCUACAAAGCUUACACUGAUUACCAAUCGUAUUCUGAAACACAGAGCAUUUGUCAAAACGAUGGCGGAAAUCUUGUACGGAUACCAACAUUAACCAAACAUGCGGCUAUUUUACAGGUCAUGAAUCUUAAAUCAAGCAAGGAAAUAUACAUUGAUGGAACUAACAUUCCUUACGGAAGUUGGCGUCUUUCUGAUGGAAGCCCUAUGUUUCUAAAUUGGCGGUCAGGGGAACCAACUGGCGGUGGUGGCGAAAAUUGUGUUAUUAUGUUUGAUGACGGGACGUACAAUGAUGUGUUUUGCACUGCCUUGAUUCCUUUCAUAUGCGAAAGACAACUUAAUGUAUAGGGUCCAAAUAUGAAAAGGCAAGGAUGAAAUCGAUUCCUUGCAAAAGUAAUCUACUAAAAUACAAUUUCGUUGAAUUUUACGAAUAAUAUAUUUCAAGCUGAUUACGUGCAAUUUCAAAAUAAUCGAUUACAUUAAUUUGAUUUUCUUGCUGUAAUCAUGAUUACUUAUGAUUAUUUUCAAUUACACCAUUUACUUUUGUUGUUUUCCUUGUUAAAUGUUUAAUGUUUAAAAAAAAAAU